GAACGUGUGCACGAUGCAUUCAUUCCAAUCGAUUGCGUGGAUCAUGUAGGAAGGCCCGACACGAACUCAGCAGCCACCUCCAGGAUGGGAGCUUUGACCCAGCUCGGUGUCCUACUUUUGAAGAAUUUCUACACCCUGUUGAGUACUGGCCAGGUGUCAACGGAAUUCAUCACUGUGGGACUGAUGUACCUUCUGGCAAUCGCGUAUAAACGGGAUGAUUUUCAGUCUAAUGUGUCUCCCAUCGCGGAAGCAGCGGAAGAUCCACAGCAGGGCUUCUUCAAAUCUGUUGUGUACGGACCUCCGUCCACCUACUCCAAUUUCAUUGCCGAAGAAGCCUUCCAAUAUGGCGAUAAGGAGAAACAUCACUAUGUCACACGAAGCUCUCUGGAAGGCGUGCAGAAGUCAUGCCGCAGAGGACAAGGCUGUUUUUACCUGCACUCUGACGGAACCACCAACGGCAUAAAUUAUACAGUUGUCGAAUCAGGUCCCAAUACGAGUACAAUAGGUGUGCGGGCUCGCGUUGACGCCGCUCAUCUAGCUUGGGCCAUCCAGAAAAUAGGACAGCAGCCUCCGACACCAUCAGAUGAGAUCUCUCGGAAGACCCUCAUCAGGCAUUUUGGAACUCCUGGUCCACCGGAUCUGCAACUAAAUAUUUACAUCUGGAUAUACGCAACAGCUCCUCUCUUUAUACCAUUCUGCGUAUUCGUCACCAACAUUGCAUCCGACACCGAGUCGGGUAUAAAGGGCAUGCUACACGUCUUUGGAGUUCCACGCUACAUGUUUUGGCUGUGCCACUUGAGCGUGUGCUAUGUGCUGACGACGUGUCGCAACUUGUACCUUACAUUUCUUCUGACCCGCUUCUUCGUUCCCAGCUACAACGAUACGGGUCCCCUUUGUAUUACAAUGUUUCUAUAUACGGGACUCUUCGUCAUGCACACUAUAUUCGUUGGUUGUCUCUUCAAUAAGAUGAUUGCCGCAAUGGUAUUCUCAGUGAUAUACUGGAUCGCUCUGGUCGCCUAUCCAUACACGGUAUUCGAGGGCAGUCUGAUUACCUACCUGCACGCUCCUCGAUACCUGAAACUCAUACUUUGUUGUACACCCACCGUGGGUACUUACAUGGCCCUCAUCAUCCUCACAACGCCCGAAUAUGAAGGAGCCGUGCCGUCCGUGACGGGGUACUGGAAUGGGUAUGACAACAUCACCCUUCAAGAGAUAUGGAUUAUCAUGGUGAUCUCCAGCGUUGUCUUGGCGUUAUUUAUCUGGUAUUUUACCAACGUUCUGCCUUGGAUCGCUCCAAAUCCGAGGCCUCUUUGGUUCCCGUUUAUGUCAUCCUAUUGGCAACCGUACACCUACAUCGGACCUGACAGCCCAGUACCGGAGCAAACUGGUGACUAUUUUCAACCAAAUCUUGAGGCAACUCCUGUCAUCGCUGUGAGGCAGCUUCAGAAGAAUUACGGAGACAAAGUGGCCGUGGACAACGUUAGUGUGAAUUUCUACGAGAAGGAGAUUACAGCCCUCAUUGGGAAGAGUGGUGCCGGAAAGACGUCGUUGAUCAACAUUUUGGCAGGCGUCUCAUACCCAACGGACGGCACGGCCUACAUCUAUGGAUACGACGUCACAUCGGAGAGCAGAGACGCCCUCAGCUUCCUGUCCUUCUGUCCGCAGGACGAUGUCUUUUUUCGCGAUCUUACAGUCAAGCGGAAUCUGCUAUUUGUAGGAUUGCUCAAAGGACUAAAGAGACAAGUGCUAAUGAAAGAAGUUGACAGUGUCUUGAAGGUGGCCCGGCUGAAAAAGAAAAAGAACCGACGUCCGACGUCUCUGGCAGCUGGACAGAAGAGACGGCUUAGUAUUGCCAUUGCGCUGAUGGGAAGCCCAAAGGUUAUGAUACUCGACGAGCCUACGAACGGAGUGGACAUGAAGAGCAAGCAAAAGCUAUGGGAUUUAUUUCAAUCCAUGCGACAGGAUACAACCAUCCUCUUGAGCACAAGUGACAUGCAGGAGGCGGAGACCUUGGCCAACAGGAUUGCCAUUUUAGCGGCAGGGAAGCUGCGUUGCUACGCGACACCAACGUUUCUCAGGGCGGCCUUUGGGCUCGGCUACCAGAUGCAAAUCGAAAAGCUUGGCACCGCAAAAGGAAAUGAUAUCUUGACUCUCGUGCGCAAAAUCGCACCAGAAGCAAAAGUUACAAGCGAGAACGACAAGGAAAUGAAGAUUGCAUUGCGAACCACGGACCCGAAGGGUUUCGAUAGAAUGUUUGCAGCCCUGGAAGCUCACAGCAAAGCACUGAGAGUAGGGAAGACGGGGGUUACAGUCGUUACCAUGGAAGACGUCUUGGCCACUGUCGGCUCUGGUGACGUAAUUGAAGGCGCCACCGAUGAUGACCUGGAGCGCGUCAGCAUUCCUAGUCGUGGUAGUUGUCCUCCUUCACUGCAACUUCGAGCUCUGUUGCUGAAGCGCUCAUCUCUUCUGUCUCAGAACUGGCUAAUCGUGGUGCUCAGCUUCGCUAUGGUCAUUAUCCUCACUCGUAUUGUAGCGGCAUACGAUCACAACAUGUACGAGAACAUUGCAGCUUCACGUAAUAGUAGUACAACGUACAGCGAGCCAGUUGACUUCUCCCCCACUGGAGACUCUUUCCUGCAUUAUCUCCCAGAAAGAGAAGAGUUCGCAACAGCAUACUACGCUCCUGUUUUGAAAGAGGCUUCCAUUAACCUUCGCGUAUUUGACGACGAAGACACAAUUCUGGCAGAACUAGCGCGAUCCGACCGUCAACUGCCUUAUGUGUUUGGAGGGAGCAUGGUGAGACACCCAAACGAUAGCGAUCCAUACAGAUUGGUUGCCUGGUGGAAUACAUCGCAGGUGCAUAGAUCCCUGUCUUUAGCGAACACGGCACUACUGCGCUUUAUAACCAGCGACGAGAGCGCACGAAUCGUGCUGAACAUUUGGCACGGCCGUGAAUGCUUAACAACGAACCUCCAGGAUCCUUGUUUCGUCAUAGAAGACAAGUAUGACAACAUCUUGAAGCUUCUGUUCCUCCCUUGGGCUAUAGCUGUGGCAGCAUCGAUGAAUGUGCCUUGCAUUAUGAUGGAGAGGGAUUCCCGCUGCAUGUCAUUGCAGCUCAUGUGUGGCAUCUCCAGCACACUGUACUGGUUCUCUAAUCUGCUCUUUGAUAGUACUGUAUUCAUUGCCAUGUUCCUGGUAGGGUUCAUCGUUUACGGCUUUUACACCGACACGUUCGCUGUUACAAAAGUUGCAGGUAUCGUCGCACUGCUCCCUAUCGCUGUUCUGAGCACCUGCAUGUCGUACUUGCUGGUACCAGGUGAACUGGACAAGAAGAAAGACCGCAUCUAUUCUAGAGCUGUUCUGGCCUUGCUGUUGUUAUUCGCGGUUGGAGGUACUAUCUUCCUGUUCCUGCAUGAGCACGUGGCGGACAUCAAGUCAUCUGCCUUAACGUCUUUGUUCUUUCUUGUGCCAUUCUUCCUCGCACCGCACACUCUGAUGAAAAUUUCCAGCAUCGACUUUGCAAAUCACGAGUGCAUUGCAGUUCGUGACUGGAAGGCCGAAUACCGUGAGCUGCGACAGGCUUGCGAGGGUGCUGUAUCGUCUAGGUUGCAAUACUGCUGUAAACAGCUGGUGGCGAAUAAGACCGGACAAGAGGUUCUGGUGGAUCCGUUCCAUUUUCACUAUGGCAUCGGGGGCGAACUCCUGAUGAUGUCCCUUCUCGGCAUAGUGCUGCUACUAUUUUUAUCCAGGAUGUACGCCAGUGGAGCGGUAUGGGACACUGUAGGACAGAACGUAACAUUCACCGACAGCCAGGCGGAAUCUGAGUAUGCCCUAGUAGAGCAACUGUACGCUAAAUCAGUCUAUGACGACUACGGUCUAGUGACGUACCGACUACGAAAAAAGUACGAUGACCUCGCUGCUGUGAACGGGCUUUCCGUUGCGGUGCGCCCUAACCAAUGUCUCUGCGUGCUGGGAGGUGCAAAUGCCGGGAAGACGACAGUGCUGCAGAUGCUGUCAGGGCUCGUGAAUCCGUCAAGUGGGGACGCCUUCAUGGCAGACAUCGCUUUGAGCAAGGAUCAACAACAGUGGCAAACACACGUGGGAUACUGCGUUGAAAAGGGAGGCUUUCUGGAGCAGUUAAGUGGCUACGAAAACCUAUGGCUCUUUGCACGCCUUCGUGGUGUUCCUGAAGAGGAUAUACCUGCCUUAGCGACUAGCAUGGCAAGGUUGCUAGGCUUCGCGGAAUAUGCAGACGAUGUGGCCAGUCUUUACAGUGUCGGGAAUCAACGAAAGCUCGCCGUGGCGGUCGCCAUGAUCGGUCUUCCCCAGCUCCUGCUUUUGGAUGAACCAACAGCUAAUGUAGAUGCGGCUGCACGCAAGAAAAUUCUAUCCCAUGUGAACGCAAUGAAGGUCCACGCGGGUAUAUCGGUAAUACUAUGUUCGAGGAAUGUGGAAGACUACCAGAUAAUCUGCGACCGCGUGGUCGUCCUUGUCAAAGGCAGCGUGCACUGCCUCUGCACCCUCGACCAACUAAGGCAGAGAGUAGUAGCUGGGUUCACUGUGCAGGUCAAAUUGACGCCGGCACAGAAACCGCUCAAGAACGAAGUUGAGAGUGCCGUCCUUGAUGAGUUCCCUGAGAUGAAGCUUGUUGACUAUAGCAAGGGCCUGUUUGUGUUUGAGUGCCAGAGAACAAUUCCUUGGAGUAGAGUGUUCCGACGCAUUCUAAAGCUUCAUCGAAGGUACGACUUCAUGUACGUCUACGUGUCGGACACGACUCUCGAAAAGUAUUUCGUCCGAGCAACGCACGGGAAAUUCAAAAAGCAACAAGCGUACGCUGUGCCGCCGGCCCCAGCAGCACGGAGGAGGUCAUCGCAAGAAAGUGGACCGCUUUCUACAAGGCGGGGAUCCGUUGCCUCAUUGUCAACGCUACGCACCGGAAGCCCAAAGAAGACAUUGGAAGCAGCCAAGUCCGCAAUGGAUACAGCCAAGAUAUAAAUACAUUUUGUUUGCUAUA